UCAAUCAUGGUACGAGCUUCUAAACUUAUGAGGUCAACAUCGAAGCAUUUAUUAGCUUUCACUUCUUCCGAGGUCUCCUUCAUCCGUGAUUCCAAGUAUCAACCAUCAAUCCGCUCACCCGCAACUCAUUUGUGAAACCAUCUACUGUUCAUUUUUUAUUUUCAACUCAAGAUCCAAACCAUAAGAAUAGAAUUGAGAAGAAUAGUACAACACAACAUAAAACAACGAGAAAGCAGCAAAAUGGCGCCACCAGCUCGAGCCCUCCUCUCACGUCAAAGAUUGAUCCUUGGUACCUUUCUUGGUGGCGGAGCUCUUUUCGUCAGUAUGAAAUGGAAAGCCGUCAUGCAAAGAAGUGAGGCUGCGAAGAUUGCUGGAUCAAAACAGAACUUUGCUGUUGCUGCUGGUAGAAGCGGUGGUGGAAUUUGAACAGUCUAAUGGACUCGAUCGACAACUGGUCAGAAUUAUAACUUGGGAGAACAUUGGCACACACGGAAUCGGACAUUACAUGGCAGAUAUGAUAGAUGAUAAACACGCAUAUACAAAUGAGGCUGCAUUAGGUUCACGAUGAAACAGAGGAAGCAUAGUCUAGGGCGUUUGGGAAUCAUUUUGGUGACGAAGAGAAAACCAUACAGAAAUACCUUGAGCUGGAUGAUAAGAUCAUAUUACUCCCAAUCAUGACAUUUGGCUAACAUGCUCAUACUGAUAAAGAUUCUCAACCUUCUCAGAUACCAUUUCAUUUC